CGACUGGUGACCCGCGGAGCCCGCAUCCUUCAGAAACCAGAUAAAACAAAGCGAAAAACCAAUUGCCGUGAUACUCGUGAAUGAAAUAGAGUUCGAAAAUAAUAGCGAUUUCAUGGCACUUUGAGCAGCAUAUACGUUAGAAUGGCACUACGAGAAGAGCCUAAGGUUAUUCGACCAAUGAGUAACUUAGAGUUGUACCACUCAGCCUUACACACUUUGCGUCAUAGCUGUGGUACCGCAGUGGUCUGCCGUUAUAGCCUCCCAAGUCAUCUCAUUGGCGGCUCAUUUGAGACUAUUCGAAAUGCCUUCCAUCGGGCUAUGGCACUUAUAGUAGUUGAACACCCCAUGCUGCAAGUGGGUAUCCUGAACGAGAACUCAGCUGUACCUUCAUGGAUUGAGCUGGAAAAUGUCGAUCUUGGUCUACAUAUUAGCUGGCAAGAGAUCAAAGCUUCUGAUGACUAUGAGAGUUCCUUGAAGCAUGAGAUUCGGAGCCAGCUAGAUACUUGGUUUACAGAUGUCGAAACAAAGCCAGGAUGGAGGGCCUCUAUCCUAUGGCCAGAAGGUAACAUCCAGUCAUUGGAUGUUAUUUUCUGCUGGAACCAUACCAACUUCGAUGGUGUAGGGGGCAAGAUCCUGCACCAGACCUUGUUACGCAACCUCAAUGACUCGAAGACCGAUCAUGAACCUGAUUUGGAAGGAAACGUCCUUCAUCUUCGCAGUACUGCAGACAAGUUUCCCCCUCCUCCAGAGGCGCUCAUCAAAAUCCCGAUUUCUUGGGGCUUUGCUUUGUCGACAAUCUGGAAAGAACUCAGGCCUCCAAUUCUUGUGUCAAACGAUCCAACCCAGGCCAAUUGGGCCCCUAUUCGCCAGGAGCCCUACCAAACCGAGUUCAGAACGUUCUCGAUUGAGGAUGCAAUGCUGAAGAAGGUACUGAGCAAAUGCCGAGCACAUAGUACUACCAUAACAGGCCUUUUGCAUGCCCUGCCGCUGGUAUCGCUUGCCCUGCAAUUAGAUGAGGGCAAGAAGCAUCACAAACAAGAGGCAAAGUCGAUGUUUGCUAUCAGCGCAUUGGAUACACGUCGCUUCAUCCCCACCAAUUCUGAGGCAUACCCUUGGCACGUUCCUAGUACGACCAUGGACAACCAGAUGACACUUGUUAGCCACAUGUUUGGUGAGAACCUAGUCGCAGAAAUCCGCUCUAAAGCCAAAGGAAUACCGACACAAUCACAUGCCAUGACUCAACUCGAGAAUUUUGUCUGGGCAGCUGCUGUGCAAGCUAGAGAGGAUAUCCAGAACAAACUCGACAAGGGCAUGGAAAAUGACCCUUCAGGCUUGAUGAACUUCGUCAAAGACUGGCGUGUUCAAAAGAAGCAGCAGCUCAAGAAGCCCCGAGUAGGUGCCUGGGGUGUAUCCAAUUUAGGAACACUCGAUGGGGCCAUUGAAGGCUCAGGCUGGAAGAUCGAGAGAGCUGUGUUUCAGCUGAGCUGUGAACUCACAUCGCCUGUGUUCCAUAUCAGCUCGAUUAGCGUUAAGGGUAAAGAGAUGUGCGUUGAUGUCAGUUGGCAACAGGGUAUCAUCGAUGCUGAGAUUGGAGACACACUCGCGUCCGACAUGGAGGCCUGGAUAAGGUUCCUUGGCGCCGGGGGAGAGGAAUGAUGAAGGACCUCAGCCGAAAAACUGAAGACAUUGAUUGAUUGAAUCCGGGGGUCAAAAACAAUUAGGUCAAGAGCCCUCUAAGUUUAUCCUCAACUUAUCCUAAACUUGUCCUAAGGUAUCCUAAACCUAUCCGAGGCUGUGUAAACAAUUUUGUAGCCUAGGAUCAAGUUGUGUGGCCUCCUCUGUGGGAGAGAUAGGAGACGAGGAACGCAGGUUGGAAUGUUUGAGGACGUCAUGAAUGACAUGACAGAGAAAUGAGGUCAAGUAGUGACCAAGUCAAGUUAUGUUAUGCUUCUAUUUAGUAUGCCGUAAUGUCUGAGACAUUCAUAAUAGUACAAGUUGGUUGGUCACAAAUCAGAAUCUCUCAGUCCCUUGAUCGAUCAACUAUAC